ACCGCACGCUUGUGCGGAAGAGUCACAUACACACAGAUGAUGAGUUGGUUGUAAUUUUGUCACAUUUUUGUAAGCUCAGCAUGACUGCAUACGAUAAAACGUAUAACAAGGGGAUUUAAUAGUAGCGAAAUAAAUAUUCUGUGAUAAGGAGAUCGCGACAAUGGCAUCAGAAGACGAAAUUAACAUUCUGGUAAUAGUGAUCGAUGUCAACCCUAUUUGGUGGGGCCAGCAGGCACAACGUGAACCGAAGUUCACUCUUUCAAAAUGUUUGGAUGCUGUGAUGGUCCUGGCAAAUUCCCACUUGGUUAUGGCAAGAACCAACAAGCUAGCCAUCAUUGCAAAUCUUUAUCAAGAGAGCCAUUUUCUAUAUCCCAGUAAGAACUGGAAAUCGGGAGAUGACAUCGCUUCAAGCGGAGAUGGCAAAUAUGAGCUUCUGUCAGUUGCUAAUGACCUCUUUGCUGAAGAAAUCAGGAAGCUCAUGGACAGAAAAGUCAACUGCACUCAAACAGAGACGCUAUUGGCCGGAUCACUGUCCAGAGCUCUGUGCUACAUUAAUCGAGUGUCAAAGGAAGUGGAAGCGGGGCAGGAUGUGAAAUCAAGAAUUUUGGUAAUAAAAGCAGCCGAGGAUUUUACGUUACAGUACAUGAACUUCAUGAAUGUGGUCUUUGCUGCACAGAAGAAGAAUGUCCUGAUCGAUGCCUGUAUGCUGGAUAUAGACUCAGGACUGUUGCAGCAGGCUUGUGAUAUAACUGGAGGCUUGUAUCUUAAAAUUCCACAGAAGAUUGCUUUGGCACAGUAUUUGUUGUGGGUUUUUUUACCGGACGGAGACCAGCGCUCUCAGCUGUUACUGCCGCCUCCAGUACACGUAGACUACAGGGCUGCCUGCUUCUGCCACCGGAACCUCAUUGAAAUCGGCUACGUCUGCUCUGUGUGCCUGUCAAUAUUCUGUAACUUUAGUCCAAUCUGCACAACAUGCGAGACUGCCUUUAAAAUGCCUCUUCCUCAGAUGGCUAAAACAAAGAAGAAGAAAGUUAAGACUGUAAACUGAUCCAAUCUCAAGACUCAAUCAAACCCUGUUUUACCUAUUUGUUUUUCAUUUCAACUACAAGGUCCCCCACAGUUUUGUUCCUUUGUGAAAAGGAUGUUUAUUUAAACAGUGUGUUUUGAUGUUGUUUCAUGCAAAUUAAAUAAAGCACCCUUUUUAUAUACAUAAA